AUGGCCUUGGAGUUGGAGACCACGUCUGCUUCUGUUGAAACUAAAGAGUGUUUGGAAUUCCAAGAGUUCAAAGGGUUUCUCGACAUCUCCGAGAGCUGCGAUGGCCUUGUCUGCAUUUACGUGCACAACACUCCGUCUAGCGAAAAUUCAAAAAUUUCUUAUAGACUAUCGGGGGAUAGAACCAUAUUUGCAAACGGAUCACUUCACUGGCUCACAGGAGAUGAAGAGGGAGAUCCAACAAGAGAAACAAAACUCGUAGUUUUCGAUAUUCACACAGAGAUGUUUCAAGUCAUCCAAACACCGCCUUUUAUUACACGUAAUGUCUCUGCUGACAAGAUUGGUUUAUGCAAUCUUGAUGGUCGUCUCUGUAUCUCUGAGUUGAAGAAAGAUUGCAAGCAAGAGUUUUGGUGGAGAGUUGAAGACAACAACAACACAUGGGAAAAGAUCUUCUCGGUUGAUUUGCAUUCUACUUCCACUUGGUUUGGUGGUAUCACCUCGCGGCCUCUCACGCCUUUAACCAUUUCCAAGGACACCAAUAAAGUUAUCCUCUCACUUACGUCUCAAGAAAGACUCGUCGCCUUUGAUCUUGAUCCUGACUCAAUGGUUUAUCAUUUGUAUUUCUCUGGUUACUAUGGCUUAGCUGUUCCUUAUUUGCCAAGUUUUUUUAUCUCCAUUCAAACUUUAACUGAGAUCUCAUCCUAUUUCCAAGAUGUUGCAUGA